GUCCUCGUAUAUAAAGAGCUGCGAAGUAACUAAGGGUCAUGUUUCUAUUUUGAUUCUUGAGUCAGUGAGACCGUGCUUCAAAUAUUCCCAACUGCUGGCGGUUGGGGACAGAGUUAACUCCUGGCAGCGGUCCGUUGUUGACUUUACUCUCGGAGCAAGCAUUCGUGAGAUUCUCGGGCCAGCGAUCGAGUGAACAGGGCAGAAAAAUCCGGGGAUCGAACCCUUGGAAAAAUAUGCCUGCUAACGAAGGGGUCUCCAACAUGGCCGAAUCUCUUGCUGGACAAGGGGAACAACCAUACACAUCAGAAGAAGAACAACAAAACGGGAACAGGGAUAACGAAGAAGACUUUAUUUUCGCAAUCGCUGUCGAUCUUUUCAUGGAUGUAGUAGGUACGACUACCGAUGACUUCACCGGUACGCCACAGGAGUCUCGGCGGGCUUCAGUAGCCGACCUUGCCGAUGGAGAGUCCACCAUUUUACGCUGCGAAGAAACCAACUUCGGCUCGAGCGAUACCCUAGAAGACGAUGGCAUCGCCUGGGGAAGAGUCGACCUUUUCGCCGACGAAGAUCCACCGGAAUUCCCGGACAACAAACCAACAAGAGACGGUAAAAUACAGCUCACACCCGAGCAUAGACUUCUGCUCGAAAACUUACUCCGAAGACGGCGCACUCGAAACGGCCCUCUCGAGGCUAACUCCACCCAAAACCCCGAAGAAGCGGCCUCGAACGAGACUAUAGAAGAAGAACUGGACGAAGAGCAGAUACAACAGUUUGCUGAGAUCGUGGAUGACCCAGAGUUUUUCAUCGAGCUUGAAGAGGACGAGGCUAGAGAUUCUCCGAGACUUUCUGCGGCCCUGAUCGGAGAGUUCACCGUGACAGAGUGCGGGGUGUGCCUCGAAACGCAGGCCCUGCACCGGCGGACGUGCUGUAACUUCCCCGUGUGCGAUGCCUGUUUGAAACAGUACUUUACAACACAGGUCCUCCAGGGUAUAGUGAAACUGUACUGUUGCAGUAGUAAGUGUCAGAGUACUGUUUCACGUGAGGAAAUCAUCUUCAGGCUUGACGAAGACGCUCGAGUCAAGUUCCACCGAUAUCUACUGGAAGCCAACAGAGAGCCCCAUGUUAAAACAUGCCCACGCUGCAGUGAACCAAUGACGGUUGAGAAGCACAUGGCCGCUAGGAAGGAUUGGCCAGCUGAGGAGGCUAUGGUAAGGUGUACCGAGUGCAACUUGGUGUGGUGUUUCCCCUGUCACGCCCCCUGGCACGUAGGGGUGAACUGCAGGCUGUACCAGAAGGGAGACAAACUGUUGAAGGUUUGGGCCAAGGAGCAGUGUCAGGGACAGGUCAAUGCACAGAGAUGCCCCAAAUGUAAGAUUUACAUCCAGAGGACGUCAGGCUGUGAUCACAUGACCUGUACGCGGUGUAAGACGGAGUUCUGCUACCGCUGCGGAGACCGUUUCCGCGACAUUCGCUUCAUGGGGAACCACUACACCAAACUGAGCGUGUUCGGCUGCAAAUACCUCUACAAGGCAGAGAAGCCUGUGCAGCGUAAGAUGAUCCGUGGAGCAGUGCUCGGUGGACAACUUGUCGCCGCUCCCGUGCUGGCUGGUCUAGCGGUGGGCGCUGGGAGCCUAUUGGUCGGAGUCGGCACGUUUGUGCUUCCAGUCUACGGAGGCUACCGGCUCUUCAAGAAGUACAAAGCUGUGCGGGCGCAGAAGAAAAGGCGGAGGUUUCAACGCCGGCUACGCAGCCAGGGCAGACUGGAAAUCGUGCACCCGCAUCUGGAACGAAGGGGCAGCGAUCCGUACGCUAGAUUUCUGAACAACCAAAUACAACCUGUCGGUCGUCCCGCUACAAACGAAACAGUUUACAUCUCGUAAACUGCAAUACUACUACUACUACUUCAACACAGCAUGUCAUUCCGUAGUCUGCAAAUUUACAAACUGAGUGUUUUGGUCAUAGGACUUGUACAAGAUAGCCGCUGGUUGAAAUGUUGAGAAUAAUUGGCUGCUGACAUCUCCUAGAUACAAAUGUAUACAAAAAUAUGUAGUAAAAUUAGGCACAUUUGGAGGCUACCGAAAGGAAAUAAUCUCCGCCCCAGAAACAUCGCCAAAAAAGAUGGCCACUAUUUUACCUGUAGGGUACAAGAUGACCUUGGUUGAAAAGACUUGGCUACACUUAACAUACUUCUAGAGUUUAAAACAUUGAGUUUUUUUAACUUGCACAAGGUGGUACCCACUGAUAGAAUUGUUGGUCAUUAGAUGCAUUUGCUGCUGGCACAUUUACUUGUCAUAAAUUUACCAAAAUAUGUCACAAAAUUAGAAACAUUUUGAGGCGUCAUUAGAAAAAAAGAUGGCCACCGAAGGUCGCAGGAUGACCUUGGUUGUAAAGACAACACAACUUGCUAGAAGCCAUACUUCUUGAGUUAUGGUGACCAAAAAUCUAAGUUAAAUGUUUGUAAAUUAAAAACUGGAAAGCAAUUAUCAAAUGCCAGAGAUACAAAACCAGCUGCCACAGACUGACAGAAUAUAAGCUGAAGUGUUGAGCAUGCAAGAACUUUAAAAAAAAGCCAUUGUUAGUUUCAUUGCUAAACCUAAGCCCUCUGAUGCCUAACCUUGUAAUUAAUACCCAAAUAGCUACUUCCAUACUAUGCUACUGUAAAUGUUAAUGUGCCUUCAAAUCAAAUUAGAUGCUGUCAAAGAACAAUGAGAAAUUUUUCAUUUUGUGAAAAUGUACAUUUACCAGGGUGCAAUUUGUGUAUGACCCAGUGUUCUAGACAGUCUGAAAUUUCUUUUGUCUUCUCCAUUUUGUUUGAUGUAACAUUAUGUUGAGCGCCAGAAACCUUGAGCUUCUGACAUGCUAUUUCCUGCAUUUUUCAUCGAUACUACCGCUAUAGUGAACAAAAAAUCUAGGUGCAAUGCAAGAACCACAAAUGCAUUUAUCAUAACUACAGUUGCAGCUUUGUAGAACCGUUCUAAUAAAUGUGAUAUUGAAAACUUAUAUAAUUAGCACACUGCAUAAAGUGCCUAACCUUAUAUUGGUACUACAAUGUUUUUGGUGGAUAGGUCUUCUGUAUCUUUGAUAUAAAUGAUAUUAAAUGCACUUACCAAUGCAAACUUAAGGGGAAGUGGUGCAGGAUAAUGUCGGGAGUUUUUGGGGGGAUACCUUUGGGAUAGUUAUACAUUAUUAAGUGAAGUAUAAUAGUUCUCUACGUUGUGAUAGUAACAAGAGGCAAUGUUUAUGAGUCAUAAAAUCAUUAUGAUAUGAAAAAUUGUUUGGUAAAAAAAGAUCUUCGUGUAUACUAUGGCAUUUGAUAUGAAAUCCAUAAUGUACAGAGGGUAAAUUUUUUUUUUCAAUUCUAUCCACGGUAUAUACAUGUAGAACAUGGCUUACUAUAUAUGAUUAGAUGAUCUAUGUUUCAACAUAGAAUUUGUUGUUUAGUGGAUUGCUGGUUGGUCCUUUAUUCACGAACAUUUGAUGGUGUUAAUUAUUAGUAGUAUUUGAAGGAGACAACAGAUUGUGAUGAUAGCAAGUUAUGGUAACUUUGAUAAUGUAUUAAAUGGGAUGAAAAUUGUCAAAAGGUUUUGGUGGUGGCAUAGAAAAUUUAAUGCUUUGGCAAUAAAUUCAAUUUUUGUUGGUAAAAGCAAGGAUGUGAUCAACGUUUCUAAAAUCGGCUUCAGAUUAAAGUAGAUACUUAAGUUUAUUGAUAAGAAACAGUAUUCCUUAUUAUAGUGAUUCAAAUAAAAAACUGAUUGCAUAGCCUUUGCACAUUAUGUAUAAUUUAUAUAAUCUAAGUUGACAUGGCCAAAGUUGGUUACGAGGCACAAU